AUGAGGCCAUUAUCAAGACCCCCACCGAAUUCCUUUUUCGACGACCAGGUUCUCCGGGAUUUGAAGCUUAAAGCUGAUGUUGGGGCUGCCAUCAACGAAAAGGGUGACCUUGUGCUCUGGGGAACUUCAGUCUCCAUUUCGAACCCCGAGCCCAUCGUGACCUUGCAGGGCAAGGAUCUCGUCAAGGUAGCUCUUUCUUCUGACCGUGUACUUGCUCUCGCCUCCAACGGUAGCGUUUACUCUGUCCCCGUUUCUCGCCAAGACCAGCUGAGCGGCCAAAAGCUCACCCCUCAGGGCUCCCUCUGGGGCUCUUCAUCCAAACCUGAGACUAUCAACUACAGGCUUAUUACCCCUGCCGCACUGAAAGGCGGCGAAAAGGUCGUCGAGGUCAGCAGCGGCCUCGAGCACUGCAUCAUGCUCACCUCCAAGGGCCGCGUCUUCUCUGCUGCCGCAAGCACUCAGGAGUUUCCGUCCAAGGGCCAGCUCGGCGUACCGGGCCUGACUUGGGAGACACGACCUUCGGGCGACUACGACCAGGCCCACGAGCUUACCACUCUCUCCAACAUCCCAAUCACCCAAAUUGCCGCCGGUGAUCUUCACUCCGUUCUUCUAUCCAAGACUGGUAAGGUCUUUGUGUUUGGUGACAAUAUAUACGGCCAACUUGGCUUCGCAACCAGCCGGGGACAUCAAUAUGUAGACACCCCCGUCGAGGUUCAGCUCGAUAAACUUUACAACAAAACCAACUACGUUCCCCGCGCGACCUCCAUCGCAGCCGGUGGUAUGACUACCUUUUUCACGGUUGACGCUACUAAAGUUCUCACCUCGGGGACUGUGGCCCCCGCUGCCAAGGACAGUCCUCCCCAGACCUUUGACGUUUGGGCCUGUGGAAGUGGUCUCUUUGGGACCCUUGGAGGUGGCAAAUUCGUGCAUGCGGCCUCCCAGCCCGUCAAGGUCAAGUCUCUCUCAUCUGUCUUUGAAUUCGACGAGUCAACAAACAAGCUCGCUCCCGUCAAGAUCUCUCACCUCUCCGCCGGGACCACUCACGUCUGCGCCGUGAUGGAUGCCAAAGCCUCUGCGCGUCGCUCGCGUGACGGAGUCAACCACGGCGGUGACGUGCUUUUCUGGGGUGGCAAUGAGCAGUACCAACUGGGAACUGGCAAGCGAACCAACCUCAAUGCCCCUACCUAUAUUGCCGGCCUUGAUUCCUCGACGCGGAAUACCGACGAUGCCUUGGUUGCGGGCGGUGACCAGAGGUUGCAACUCGCUCCUAAACGAACCGUAAGGCUAGAUAACGGAAAGGGAAGGAAGGUGAGCGCGGAACAAAAGGUGGAAUGCGGCGGACUCGUAACCGCUGUUUACUCAUCUGUCUAA